UUCAUCAAAUGAUAAAAUUAUAAUAGUUUUUAGUAGUCAAGAGAUUAGAGAUGAAAGGUGUGUUAUAUAUUGGAUAGGUCGAUUAAUUGAGUGGAAUAAAAGAUAUACAAAUAAACACUAGUAAGGACAUUUCAGUCAAUAAAACAUCCUUAUAUAUAUAACGUGGUCUUUCUCGCAAAGACAACAACACAUAGAACAACAAAGAACAAAUUUAAAAACUUUUUGAAACACUUACCUCUCUUUUUUCGUUCUGUUAAGAAAACUUAAGCGAUUUGUUAGCAAAAGAGAUAUGGGAAACAGUUUACGGUGUUGUUUAGCUUGUGUACUUCCAUGUGGAGCUUUAGAUUUGAUCCGAAUCGUACAUCUCAACGGCCAUGUUGACGAGAUUACUCGUCCGAUGACCGCAGGCGAGAUCCUUCAGGCGAAUCCUAACCAUGUCUUAAGCAAACCAUGUUCGCAAGGAGUUGUUCGUAAGAUCUUGAUCUUAUCUCCUGAAUCUGAGCUUAAGCGUGGAAGCAUCUAUUUUCUUAUACCGGAUACUUCCUUGCCGGAGAAGAAGAAGACAAAGAAGAAAAAGGAAGUCCAACGUCGGAAAAAGAGUCCUGAAAACGCCAAUGACAUCAAGAUUCAUCAUAUGGUGAGUACUAGUAAGGAUCUUGAUUUGACGUUGUGUGAGAAAUAUUUGGAAGAUGUUAUGUUGUCGUCGUCGAAGAAAUGUUUUCCGGCCGGUAAAGAAAAUCGUCACCGCCGGAGACAUAGUCGGCCGGCGUCGGUGUCCCUGUGGCGGCCUCAGCUUGCUAGCAUCUCUGAGGAUUUUUAAUGUCUUUUUUUUUUAUUCUUGGUUAAUACUGUCUAUUUUUCUUAAAAUUUUUUAAUCCGGAAAUCGGAUUUUAUUAACAACCCCGAUGAGAAUAUUUUCAUUUUUUAAGAAAAUAGUUUUGGUAAGAAGUCGAAAAGAAAAACUUUGUAAUGUACUAAUGUGGAUGAGAUCUAUGUUAAAUUGAUGAUCUAACUUCA